UGCGGCUCUAGACCCCAGCUGCCAUUACACCUGCAUUAAAAGAGGCUGCCUAGGUGAAUGUCGUUUCUCUGAGCUGGAAAAUCAUGGAAACUCACGCGUUUAUCAUUUUACUGGUAGUCACUACAAUUUCUGAAAGUUUCCCAAAUGAUUCUGGCCCGCAGUCAAAAGGCUCAAAUCCAGAAAAACCAUCGGACGCACAGUUAACAGGUUCAAAUGAAGGACAAGCAUCGGACGCACAGUUAACAGGUUCAAAUGAAGGACAAACAUUGCCUGGAGAAGAAGGUGGACACAACGGUGCCGAAGAAGCACUUGACCUAGUCCUGGGCGACUGCGAUCAGUGUUCCUGUAAGCUCAUUUUGAGACAGGCAAAUGAAGUGGAAAACAAAUGCACUACAAUAUCGGACAUCCGGUGUACGUGCAAUGGAAAUCAUUGUACAAGCAAGGAAAUAUCAAACUGCUUGGCUGACAUGUCUGACACGUCUCGUUAGAAAGAAAGGCUGUGACAGCACAAACCUGUUUCUGACUGAUCAUUCAAUAAAGUUAUGCAUACUUAUCUC